AAUAAAGGAACCGUACAAACGGCCAAUAAUUUCAAUGUGACUUUUCAUUAAGAUACUUAUAAGAAUACACACAAUGUGUACAUAAACAAAGACGGCGGACAUCAAAAAUGGAUAGUAAACCUGACACAUGGCAUUGAGCCUUCUUGUCAUAAUUUUUAGAGUUCUGAUUCCAAGCUACCUUGAAAGUAAAAGUAAAAGAGUUUGCGCGUGUGGUUGGUUUAGAUUCGAGUUUAGAUGUUAGCCGAAGUGCCUACUAAGAAUAAAGUUCAUUCGCCCUUCCAAUUGCAUGUACUUCGAGCUUCAAUCAAUUUAAAGUGAACACGACCAAGCGUAUUUUCACCUACGAGAUCAUAUAUCAUACUGCAAUGAAUCACGUGAACAUCAUCGCGAUCAUCAUUUUGGUUAUUCCUGUCUCGGGUAAGCAGCCGCUGUUCAUUGGUGGAUUUUUCCCUAUGUCAUCAAUGAACAAUGGUCCCGACUGGACGGGGGGAAAUGGGAUCCAACCAGCUGCUGAAAUUGCCAUUGAACACGUAAACAAUCGUGGUGUUCUUCGAGACUAUGAGCUUAAAAUGGACUGGAAUGACACUAAAGGCUCGCAGGGCUGGACUGAGCAUUUGUUAUUCAAAUUCAUCUCCACACCACCACGGAAAGUCAUGUUUCUUGGUGCUGGAUACUCUAAGUGCAGCACUGUGAUGGCGGCUAUGGCAGGGUUGAAACCAUGGAGAAUACCUCAGAUCUCCUACUCAUCAACUUCACCACAACUCUCUGAUAAAACAAUUUACCCUUACUUCUAUCGUACAAUACCUGAUGACACGUCAUUCAACAAGCCCCGCAUCACGUUACUCCAAACUUAUAAUUGGACCAAUGUAGCUAUUUUAUAUCAUGAUGUAGGCAUUCACAGAGCCGCGGUUGAGCAUUUGCAGGAGGAAAUGAAGAAAGAGGGGAUUCAUGAAAUAGCUGUCGAAGGAUUCCGUGACAGUGCUAGCUCACACAUGGCUAGCUUAAAGAAAAAAGAUGCUAGAAUAAUCUUUGGAAAUUUUUUUGGUCAAGGAGCACGUCGUGUCUUUUGCGAGGCAUACAAGAGAGAAAUGUACGGUCCGCGGUAUCUUUGGCUUCUGCUUGGUUACAUAGAGAAGAAUUGGUGGCUAGAGAAAGACGAUGCAAUAGAAUGCACCGCUGAGCAAAUGCUUGCUGCUGCUAACUACCAUCUUGCAACAGAUUACUUAUGGCAGGCCAGAGAUAACUURAAAACCGUCUCCGGAAAAACAGUAAAGCAAUUUUUUCAAGAAUACAACAGCAGAGUCCCGGUGAAGCGACGGGACGACCACUCAAGUUAUGCAUACGACGCGGUCUGGGCCAUGGCACUAGCACUCAAUCGCACGCUAACAAAAAUGCCUGAAAUAAGACUGGACCAAUUAGCCUAUGGUCAAAAUCAGACUAUCGACUUACUGAUCGAGGAACUUGACAACAGCAGUUUUACUGGAAUUACAGGACCAGUCGCGUUUACAGACAAGAGAAAUCGCGCCGGAGACACACGSAUAACGCAAUUUAUUGGUGGGAAGCAUAUACAAGUUGGUCUUUAUGUCAAUAAACUAAAGAAGAUUAACUGGACAGGCUACAAUCCAAUAGUAUGGCAAGGCGAUUCUCCACCCGCUGAUCGUAUGCAGAGAAUGUACAAAAUACAAUCGACAUCAUUAAUCUUGUACGUCUUCAUGAUUGUCGUGUCUUCUCUGUGUAUCAUCGUCGCCCUGUUUUUCCUUUGGUUCAAUACAAAACACAGGCAGAUCCGCUUUAUYAAAAUGUCGAGUCCAAAUCUAAACAACGUUAUAAUACUGGGUUGUAUUGUCAACUAUAUAUCYGUGGUGACGUUUGGAUUAGACGGUGGMCUGGUAAACACUGGAUAUGAUGUCAUAUGUGCAAGCCGUGCUUGGGUGUUGUCUCUUGGGUUUAGUCUUGCUUAUGGUGCGAUGUUCUCCAAAACAUGGCGKGUUCACACGAUUUUCACCAACAGAAAACUGAAAGGAAAGAUCGUAAAGGACCACCAUCUUUUUGCGGUUGUUUUCGCCCUUGUACUUAUUGAUGUCAGUUAUCUAACAAUAUGGCAAGUCUUAGAUCCACUGAGAAGAUCACUCUAUAUUACAAAGAGAGACACCCAAAACUUGGAUAUGGAGGUGAUAAGUCAGAUAGAAUACUGCGAGUCUGUAGCGACAUACAAAUGGCUUGGAAUACUGUUCGCGUAUAAAGGUCUUCUAUUAUUAUUCGGUGCAUUCCUGGCUUGGGAGACGCGUAAAGUAACGAUAACAGCGCUAAAUGAUUCMAAACACAUUGGUUUUUCUGUAUACAAUGUAUUCGUACUAUGUGUUGUGGGGGCACCGAUGUCGCUGGCUCUAAAACAUCAACCUGAUGCAUCGUUUGCCAUUGUAUCUACGAUAAUCAUAUUUGCUACAUCGUUAACGAUUGGUUUUGUAUUCAUACCGAAGGUAACCGAGCUGCGCAARCUUAUGACUGUGGGUGGGGAUACGAUUAAUCGUGUUGAACGAACAUUUACUGUGGAAAGUCUUGGUCACCAACAACACAUAUCAACAAUCAACACGCAGACUUACAGGGAAUUACAGGAAUGUAAAAAUCUCUUAGCGCAGAAAGAGCAAGAAAUCAAAGAUUUAAGAAAACGACUGAACACUUAUCAGCCUUCAUCUUCAAGUCAAGARGAUCAUAUCAAACAGGAACCAUCAAAGACCCCUCCCCCUAAUAUCUCUUAGAGUGGUUCGAAUUAACUUAAAACUAUCCCAUACACUUUUUUUAUUUCAAAUGCAGUCAUUAAUCGAAUAAAAUAUUUGUAAAUCGUU